CAACCUAUCCCAGCAUCUAUUUUCAGCUUGCAAGGCCCUCGACUUAGUUGCACCCACCAUGACAGCCAUCCUGCGCUACUGGACUUGUCAAGCAAGUCUCACGCUCACACAUGCGUCUGUUGGUGCUGGUGCUGGUGCUGGUGUAUAAGAUGUUGCAUUUAUCCGCCACCAUGCCGUGCAGUGUUUGGGAGGCCAUUCGUUUCGUCCGCCAGCAAUUACAUAUAUGGAGAGCGUGGGGAAGCUUAAGCUCUCCACGCCGCAUUGCAACUGAAGCGAAUAUGAAGAAUGGACAUGCGGGGUGGUUCACGCGAUGGGGCCGUCAACAGGACCUUGGAAGGCUCGGAGAGAGACAAUAUUGUGAUUGAGAGUGCGGAUGUGGUGUCGCCCACGUUGCCAGGCUCACAUUCUCACUCGAGAGGUCUAUCUGAAUCUCAAAACCUAUUGCCGAAUAGUCCCAAGAACCUGUUCGAGUACUCGUCAACUACGAGGUAUAUUUUCGAUCCUCCAGAAAAUACGAAGUAUGAUCCUCGGAGUGCUCCAAAGAUCAAUGGUCGAGAGACCCCAACGUGGAGUGGAGUACCUCAGAGUUUGAGGAGGACUACGAGGAGAAGGUGGCAAGAUGCUGCAAUCGAUGUACUAGCUAUUUUGGCGAGCAUGCCGUUCUUUGCGCUUGCAUCUGCACUGAUAUGGGUUGAUGGCGAAGAAGUGGGAAAAGGAAAAGACAAUAGCUUGGAACAGCUCAUCAAAGGGGCCGCCACGCUGUUCCCCCUCGUCUUCUCUGUUGUUGUUGGCAGGACCAUGAUCAAGAUUGCCUCAUGGAAAGCGGGACGAGGAACUUCAAUUGGCUUUCUCGAACGUCUACUUGGAAGUCGAACAGUCGGUGGGACAAUCAUCACAGCUAUCGGACUUCGAUCCUUCACAAUAGGUAGUUUGAUCCUGAUUCUGCUUUGGCUUUUGUCGCCUUUGGGAAGUCAAUCAGUGCUGCGCAUACUCUCUACGACAGAUCGCUCGACUAACUCAACUACGAACAUUACGUAUAUCAACUCGAGACAACAAAGCUAUGCAGGUCAAGUGGAAAUGAACAAUUGGUCAAAUGGUCUUGCAUCAGUGGUCAGUGCUUCGCUUCUUGCUCCUGAAGAGGUGAAAAGCAGCUCGAUGGACACAUGGGGCAAUGUCAAGAUCCCUCUAUUUUCGAGUCUCUCAAACAUCUCUGAGGAUGACAACGGAUGGCGCCAAAUUCCGCAGUCUGACUUCUCGCUUGUUCAUUCGUCUUUAUUGGGAAUUCCUGUUUCAGAUGUUGGUAAUGGCAACUCGACAUUCAAUCUCGAGUCUACGUACACAGAAUUGACUUGCUCAAACCGUACAUCAACAGUUACUCGAGGUACUGGGUUCUUCAUCAAUCCCGGGCUAAUCUCCACUACUGGACCUUUCAUCGCUGCUCAAAAUAUCACAUCCACGACUGCUUGGGCAAUCGGUUACCUCGGAGACGAUGUAACUUCUCUCCUUCCCAACACUUCGAUUCAAGCCCUGGAUACCUUGCCAAUCAACGAUACUACAAUGAACAAUGUCUUACCUGGCCUCUUACUUUACCAAGAUUUCACUGGGACCAGCAAUGUAACAUCUAUCUACUGCAUCCCCUCACAAACCUACGUCGAAUCCACCAUAACCUGCGCCUCCGCCCCUAACACCUCACCAUCCUGCACCGUCACCGCUCAGCGUCUCUCGCUCCUCGCGAACAAAUCAUCCGCCAUCACACCCCUCUCAAUAUCCAACCUCUUCCGCGGCCUCUCCUCUUACCUCCCUGCCGCAACACCGCAGCUAAACCACGUCGAUAUAAUGCAGAACUACAUCUACUCGCCCCUCGACAACCCAUUCAUCCAAUCAGCGCAAUACCCGCUAUACACAUCUCCCUCCGGCCAAGAAUCCCGAUUCCUAAAUCUGUCAUUUACCGAUUUCUCCAUCCGGCUCAGCCAAGUCCUAAACGCCGUCCUGCAAGGAAGUACCAUGAACUACACCACGUACCUCACAUCCUCUUCCUCCUUCUCCUCCUCCACAUCCACAAUCUCCUCAACACCCUCAGACCUAGACACUCAAAUCCAACUCCUCGCACCCACCCUCUCCGUCCCCUCAACUACCACCCAUCAAAUCAAUACAUACAAAAUAUCCCCCACCUACCUCACCCUCUUCCUCCUCAGCACAACCUUCCUCCUCCUCACAGCCCUCCUCUCCCUCCUCCUCACACAAAUAACCCUCUCUCCCUCCUCCUACAUCAACCACCUCACCUCCCUCCUGCGCGACUCUCCGCACCUCCCGCUGCCGGCGGGCGGGGUAUCGAUCUCGGGCUUCCGGCGCGCGCGCGAGGUGGGCGGGAUGCGGGUCCGGCUGGGGGAUGUUGGGAAUGUGGAUGGGGGGUAUGAGAUCGGGGUUGGGGCCGCGGUGGUGGUUGGGCGGGUGGGGUUGGGUUUGUUGGGAGAGAAGGAUGGGAGGGGUGGGGUGAGGGGGUUGGAUCGGAGGAAGUUGUAUUUGUGA